AUGUUCUCUAAUACUUCAAUUGUUGCCUAUGUCCUUGGCCUUCUGACGUUCGUUCUUGCUCCACGGCUCCUGGGUGGCUUUUUUAGGUUAUUCAAUUAUGGGCCUCCUCCGCGUAGAGAUAUAUACGGUCUGGAGCAUGCGCUUCUUAAUAUGAGACUACCGCCAGAAACAAUGUGGUUGAACAUGGCCUACUGGAAGAACACAUCCGAUUUCCCCACCGCCUGCAACAACCUGCUCCAGCUUCUUCUCGAGAAGUCUGAAAUCCUCAAAACACCGUCCUCACGCCCAAUUAGGCUCUGGGACCUCGGCUUUGACUGCGGCGACCAGACCAUAUCGCUCUGCACCGAGCUCUCCCGUGCCGGCCUGACCCUCUGCAAGUACGACGGCCUCACCAUAAAUCGCUCACAGUUCCUCCACGCCCAAGCACGCAUACAGGCACACAUUGAAGCCCACCCAUAUCUGGGCGCAGACAACAACAAGAAGGACAGCCUAAGCAUCAUAGAGCUACAUCUCACGGACGCCUCCAAGCCCAGCAGCCCGCCGUCGCGGGCGCCGGCGCUGCAGCACGUCUCGCGCGAGCUCGAGUCGUCGCUCCUGGCGUUCGACCUGCUGCGGUCGGGGUCGGCCACUGCGCUGCAGAGGGUUCUGCUGAGGCUGGUGUGCGCGGUGACGCAGAUACUGUACGCGAACAGGCUCACGGAGGAGGAGUACCGCGAUAUGCUGGCCGCGGCAGGGUAUGCGCGGGAGAACAUUGCGGUGUGUGAUGUGUCGGCGGAUGUGUUUCCGGGGCUGGAGCGCUUUAUAAGUGCGCGGGGGCUGAUGGUGAGGGAUGUGGGUGUUUUGAAGGGGUGGGGUGGGUUUGGGGCUGUUGGGAGGGUGGUGGGGUGGUGGGGGAGGUCGGGGGUUGUGCGUGGGUGUGUUCUUGUUGCUAGGAGGGCGUGA